UUAGAUGAUGGUAACUGGUACCGUGCUUUGGUGAAAAACAUUACUUCAGAUGAAACUGUUAAAGUAUGCUUUGUGGACUACGGAAAUGUUGAGGAAGUACCACUGGAUAAAAUACGGCAUAUCUCAUCCUCAUUCCUAAAACUUCCAUUUCAAGGAAUUAAAUGCUGGCUCUCAGGUAUAAAGCCUGGUAAUAGCAAAUGGAUUCCAGAAGCUACAGCAAGAUUUCAUAUGUACACUGCAGGGAUAAAGCUUCAAGCCAGAGUAACUUCCCUUUCCAAAGAUGGGGCAGGUGUAGAGCUUAUUGACAAUUCUUCAGGUCAUCCAAAAGUGAUCAAUGAGAUACUAACUUCUGAAAAAUUGGCUGUAAAGGAAGUUCUACAAGAUAAAAAUAACUUUCCAAACAAGUCUGUUGACAAAAAAGAAACCUCACUUGGCAACUGGAAGGUGAUUGAAUUGGCUAUAGAUGAAACCGUAGCUGUCUGUGUAACAGAGGUUGUAAGCCCAGACUUGUUCUAUGCUGUACCAAUUCAAACUAAAGAUCAAGAGAAGCUACAUAGGCAGUUGAUGGAACUAGAAGGCUAUUGUAAAUCUUGUAAGAACCAGCCCUUCAAACCAAAACUGGGUGAAGCCUGUUGUGCCAGGUUUUCAGGUGAUGGUCGUUGGUACAGAGCUGUUGUUCUAAAAGCUUCUCAGUCUGCAGUGAAAGUACUAUAUGCAGACUAUGGGAACACAGAAACUUUACCACUUUCAAACGUGCUGCCAAUCACUGAUUCCUACUUAAAGCUGCCUUUUCAGACAAUUACAUGUUCACUUGCAGGAAUAGAGAAAGCUGAGUGGUCUCCAUUAUUACUUGACAAGUUGAAAGAAAUGUUAUUGAAUAAAUACGUCACAAUUACAGUGAAAGGGAUUAAUGGAAACGUUAAUGUAGUAACGGUGGAGAAACUUUCUGAAAAUGGUAGUCUGAAUGUAGCUGACAAACUGGUAAUGGAAGGUUUGGUCAAAUCCUGCAGGGCUGAAAACUUACAUACUGAACAUCAAGGCAAUGGAGGUGAGACCAAAUGCUGCUGCACAGAAUUAAAAAUGCAAGUAAGAUUCAGUCCAAGCUAAACUCACUUUUUUACAUUUCCAGAAUUUAAAAUAAACCCUAUGCGGGAAGCAAAUGAGAGUAGGGAGAUAAUAGCGAACCGAAACAUCAAAGAUACGCAAAGUGAAUAUCCUGACACUUCUUCUCAGUUUGUUUUAUACAUG